AUGUGCAGUGACCCAUUGCGUCAGCCCAUCUGCUCAAGGGACUGCAACACUGAAUCACACACAAGGCCCUCGGGUUCUGCUUGUUGCUGGCACCAGUAUGCCUUUGCCACUUUUACAGAAAGCAAGAUGAUUCUUACAGUAAAUGCCUCAGAAUAUCAACCAAAAUUGAUAAAGAACAUCAUGCUUACUUUGUGCUGGAUCCUAGCAUUGUUUGUCAGUGGGGCAGAGGUUAGAGAGAUAAACCUGCCAGGAUGUUCCCAUGAUGAACCUCAAAUAUGGUAUCGUGCAAUUAGUGACGAGGAGUUUGUUUUACAAUGCGCUUUACCAGAUAGAAAUGCUGUCCACAUUUAUAACAACUCACUUCUAAAACAACAUCAGGUGAAAUGGUUCUGGCAUCAGAAAGAUAAAGAGUCGCUGAAGGCUAUAAAGGAAAGCUCUAAUCUUGUUCUCCAAGGGGAUGCACUUUGGUUUAAACCAGUAAGGGACAGUGCUUCCGGAGAGUACAUCUGUAUGAUAUGGGGAAAAAUCCCAUGUCUCAAAAUUGUUCUGGAGGUGCAAACAAAGAAGGCAGCAAAAUGUUCAGGUUAUGACACAAAUACGCUGUAUCUUCUUGCUGGCAAUGGGAAUUCAAUAACUUGUCCUGGGACAAAAUGCUACAGCGAUAUAGAAAAGCCAGAUGUAAAAUGGUACAAGCAUGGUCAUCAGAUAAAACGUAGGAAAAGCAGACAAAGCCUAAAGCUUAAACCCAGUGCAAUCUACUUGAAUCCAACCUAUGAAGAAGAUGCUGGAAUAUAUGUGUGUGAUUACACUCUAUAUGACAACACUACCAAGUGGACAAUGAGAACAGCAGUAACAGUAGAAGUCAUUACAAAAAACUCUAUCCAUCCACCAAACUUCUUGUAUCCCAAUGGUGUGGUGAUCCUUGAAGCAGAGCUUGGAAAGCCACUUGAAUUGGAAUGCCGUGUACAGUUUGGGUUUGAAAGAGCUUCUCAGAUGACGGUAAAAUGGAAAAGAAACAACAAAGAAAACAUACACGAGAAAUUGAAUCAGGAAACAAGUGUUUAUCCAAAAGGUUUAAAGGGGCACAUACUUCUUCAUGUUGCAAAACUGAAAGAAGUUACUGAACGGGACCUCGGAAGCAACUUCACGUGUUUUGCUGAGAAUUCAGUGGGUAAUGCCACCGCCGUGAUCCAGCUGAAAAGAAAGCAGAGAGUGUAUCUCUUAUACGUACUGUGCAGCACCAUUUCUUCUCUAUUUGCAUUCCUUUUGUGCACUGCCUUUAUUUACCAGCACUGGAUUGAAAUAGUACUGAUGUACCGAAGUUAUCUGGUCCACAACGAAACUACAGGGGAUGGUAAAGAAUUUGAUGCGUUUGUGUCCUAUGCAAAAUUAGACUCUUCUGAAAUUGACUCUACUCUAAUUAGUGAGGAAAGAUUCGCCCUGGAGCUUCUUCCAGAUAUGCUGGAAAAUAAAUAUGGAUACAAGUUAUGCAUUCUUGAAAGAGAUAUUCUUCCAGGAGGAGCAUACACAGAUGAAGUUGUUACAGCUAUUAAACAUAGCAGACGAGCAAUAAUUAUUUUGAGUCCAGCCUACGUGAGCGGACCAAGCAUCUUUGAACUGCAGGCAGCGGUGAACUGUGCAUUGGAAGACAAAAAAAUCAAACUGGUAUUAAUAAAGUUCCAGGCUUUUCAAGAGCCAGAGACUUUGCCUCCAGUAGUGAGGAAAGCUCUUCGGAUUUUACCAGUCCUUACCUGGAAGUCUUCUGUUUCUGCUGCUCCAAACAAGAAGUUUUGGAAAUAUAUGCGUUACCACAUGCCAGUGAAAACUACUAGGAUAUUGGGAAAUUGCAGCCUAAAGGGCUUUUUCCAAAGGUUAUUCAGCCUAGUAUAUCGAUAG